AGUCGUCUCUAUUCAUACCCAUUUUUUCCUCCAUUCCUCCUCCACGUGGUAAUGCCCACCAUGGUGGUUGUCUAGAUUUCCAUGGAAGACUAAAAUCUCCUCUGACUUGAUGGAUCAAACGGCAUAAAAUGUCUUAAAUUCAUUUGGGUGAAUGCCAGAUUGGUCCCUAAACAUUCCCUGAACUCAGAUGAUCUUCACAGACAAAAAUGUGGGCAUGUUUAGGGCUUCGCAAUUGUUUCAUAACACCCAGUUGGGUGAUUUGCUGCAAUCAUUUCAUGGAGGAAACGUGUGAUUCAGAGGCUCUUUGGGAUUCAGGAGGAGAUUGUUUUCUGUCUGAUAGAUUCAAUGAAUUGGAUCGUUUGUUCAUAGCAGAUGAUGCACAAUCUACAACUAGUAAUACCAGUUGCAUGGAAGAUUUGGAUGAAAAAGAGUACAAAUGCAGAGAAUUUGGAGACCCAAUUCCGCAGAACUAUAUACAGUAUCUAGCGAAAGCCUCAGAUGAUGAGCUUGGCUUGCCUCCCAAUCUUGAUGGGUUUGCAGAUGAAAUGCUUCAGGGCAAUGACAUGGAUUUGGACUUUGAUGUGGAGCGUAGUGAAAGAAAAGUGGAUGAUUCACACUUCUGGCUUUCUCUCUUGCAAGGCUAACAAAUUUUCUGGUUUUUCCUGUCACACUGAAAGUAAAUUGUGAUGUACAGGUCUUAUACAAAUUUGUAAAUUGUUUGUGCCAGACUGUGGAAGGCAUGCGUAGUCCUAGAAUGUAAGUUCUAGUCCUGCAUUACUCAUAAAACCCAUGUAGAAAAUGAAUUUGUGGGUAUCUAUUUGUUUUACAAGAUUGGUUAAAAAUGAUUUGGUUUCAGGCUUUCAGUAAUGGUGGAUUAAGAUUAGAAAAUCUCAUUUGAUGAUGAAGAAAUAGACUCUGUAAUUUUUGUCAAAAUGUUCAUUAAUGAAGUGUUGAAUGUAUUUUUUGA